AGUAGACAAGGGACGUUAUUCAUACUAACAAAAACAUUGGAACUCUUGUGUGUACGAAACCAAGUGCCACAUAGGUACUUUGCCAACGAAAUGUGCUUAUUGGAAUUAUGUCUUGCUGUGAGCUUUUUAAAGUCUAAUUAACUGUCGGGAAAAUGAGUGCUCAUAACCAUAACAUAAUGCCUGAUUUGAUCAGCAGCAGUGUUACUGUGGAUAUUUCUAAUUCCGGUUACAACGUUCUAGGAAAUAAAGAAUCUGCCAGUUGUAUAGUACCAAAGUAUCAACCACUUAAUAUAAAGAAGAAGUUGCAAGGAACUAUAUAUCCUUUUUUGACUACUCCACAUUCUAUACCAGAAGUUCUUCUGAAAGAAUUAUCUGACAUAUUGAAAAAUAAAAAAGCUCAGAAAAUUCUCUUAGUUGGUGCUAUAAAUGUUAUUGGAACCAUCAUCUUGUUACUAUGGUGUCAUUCUACAGGAAGCAUGGCUCUCACAGCCUACACUUAUCUUACAAUAUUUGACAUUUUCAGUUUGUUAACAUGUCUGCUUACACUAUGGAUUCAAUAUCAGCGAUCAUCUUCUAUAUAUUCUUUUGGGUAUGACCGCUUUGUUGUCCUAGCUGUAUUUGCUAGCACCAUGCUGGCACAACUUGGUGCGUUAUUCAUCAUCAAAGAAAGCAUUGAAAGAUUUAUUAUGCAGCCUGAGAUACAUACCGGUCGUCUCCUUUUAGGUACAAUUUUAGCAUUUGUUGUACAUAUGGUUGUUACAUAUAGCAUCAACAACCGUGCAAUGAAUCAUGUCGUUGCUGCUUCUAGUUCCAGUUGGCUUCAAGAACAUAUGACAGAUAUGAGUGAAAGUUUAUGCCAUGUGAUACCAGGACUGAGUAAACUCCUCCUUCCUCGACUCAAUCCAUUUGCUCUAAUUGCAUUUGCCGGUGCAAUUGCUCUUUUCAGCACCCAUGUACUCAUUGAUGCAAAAAUGUACUAUUCUGCCGAUACAUGGGCAGCUGUAGCAAUUGCUUUAAUGACAUGGGGUACAAUGUUUCCUAUGAGCAUGUAUACAGGCAAGAUACUUUUACAGACUAGCCCCUCACACAUAAUUGGUCAACUUGACAAGCUUCUCCGAGAAGCUUCUACUUUAGAUGGAGUUCUUGAGUUUCGUCAUGAACACUUUUGGACUGUAUCUUUUGGAGUUUUGGCUGGGACUUUACAAGUGCGAGUCCGUCGUGAUGCAGAUGAGCAAAUGGUUUUGGCCCAUGUAUACAAUCGUUUGUCUAACUUAGUCUCUGAACUGACUAUUCAAAUAUUCAAAGAUGACUGGACUCGAUCAGCAAUGACCUAUCACUUACCUUCUACUACACCAUUCUCUUCUUAUCCUCCUCCUAUGACUCAAGGCCACUGUGCAACUUCUGUUAGUAAUUUCCCCAGGCACAGUUCCCAAGAGAAUUUCUAUUUCAGCAAUGCUAAUAUUCGUUGACUGAACUAAAAUUAUUUAAAUUCCUCCCAUGCUUUCUUUUAUCUAAACUUCAUAGUUUUGAAGUGAUCUUCCAUCAAAAUUUCAUGCUGUUCUAAACACAAAGUUGUUGAACUUUAUUCAUCAUUAUUUUCAAAAUUAAUUUAAACAAAGGCAGUGUAUAUCAACAGAAAUAUGGUAACAAAAGGAUUAAAGAAGAAAAACAUCAUAAGUUCACACACAAUUUUAUAACAUUAACUUACAUUAUUCAUAUAUCUUCCUGUAUAUUUUUUACUAUCUUAAUAAAUUUUCUGUCUUGUAAAACUUACUUUCA